UAGUGGGUCAAGGUGAAGUCUCGCUCCCCUAUCUGACCCUCUUCCUCUCCUUUCCCCUUCUCCAUUUCUAUUGAACAUGGCUCCUCCAUUUGUUUUCCCGCAAAAUCUGCAAGCCCUAGAAGAGGAGCGAGAAGACAAUCGUCUUUGCGCUCUGAAACCAAUCGACAUUACUUCGAUUCGUCCAUCUGAACUCGAAGAGUUCGUCAAAGGUGUAUCUUUUGACCUCUCAGACGGGGAGCUCUUCUGCAUCGAAGAUCAAGACGUGUUUGAUCGUGUGUAUUCAUUAGUCAAGGGUUUCUCUAAUCUCACUCCAGCUUGUAAACUGAAUAUAGUAGAAAGCCUUAGAUCCAAUUUCAGCGUGCUUCUUCCAAAUGUCGAUUCACUCUCUAGAAUCUCUCAAGAUGAAGAGAAUGACUUCCCGAUGCUGGACCGGGUCAUGUCACAUCGUAAUGCUUUUAAGAUAUACACUUACUUCCUCAUCAAUAUUGUCUUGGCCGAAGAGUCCAGCAUCAAUUCAAACAAAUACCCAAAGGUGACAGCAACCAGUAGGAAGAAACAGCCCAUGAACUCAUGGGAUUGGGAGCCACAGAGAGGAAGGAUACUUAAUUUGAUCGCUAAUUCUUUAGAAGUCAACCUUGUGCUGCUCUUUGGGUCACCAGACCUGGAUGAGAGCUACCUGUCUUUCAUUCUGAAAAAUACAGCAGUCAUGUUUGAGAAUUCAGCACUUCUCAAAGAUUCUGAUACGAGAGAUGCUCUAUCUCGUAUUAUUGGGGCUUGCGCUACAAAAUAUCACUACACCGCUCAGUCAUGUGCUUCAAUUAUGCAUCUAAUUCACAAAUAUGACUUUGUCAUUACCCACAUGGCUGAUGCUGUUGCUAGGGCUGAAAAGAAGUAUGCCGAUGGAACCCUCGCCAUUACUCUAAUUAGAGAUAUAGGAAGGACAAAUCCAAAGGCCUUUGUGAAAGAUACUGUUGGGGCUGACAAUGUCGGACGCUUUUUGGUUGAGCUUGCUGAUCGGCUACCAAAACUGAUCUCAACUAACAUUGGACUUGUUAUCGCACAUUUUGGUGGCGAAUCCUAUAAGAUGAGGAAUGCCCUUGUUGGGGUUCUGGGAAAAUUAGUGGCAAAGGCAUUUAAAGAUGUCGAUGGCGAUGUGACUUCCACAUCAGUUCGUCUUCGAACUAAGCAAGCCAUGCUGGAAAUUUUACUUGAAAGAUGUCGAGAUGUUUCAGCUUAUACGAGGAGUCGCGUCCUUCAGGUAUGGGCCGAACUAUGCGAAGAGCAUUCUGUUUCAAUUGGCUUGUGGAAUCAGGUUGCAGAAGUUGCUGCCGGGAGAUUGGAAGAUAAAAGUGCAAUUGUCAGAAAAUCUGCUUUGAAUUUGCUUAUCAUGAUGCUGCAGCACAACCCAUUCGGUCCACAACUUCGAAUAUCUUCAUUUGAAGCAACCUUAGAGCAGUACCAGAAGAAGCUAAAUGAGCUUGAACCAAAUAUCCCCUCAGAAACGGUUCCAAAUGGUUUUCUGUCUGAUGACGAUCAAUGUAAUGGAGGGGGUCAAAUUGAGCAGCAGCAGGAUAGUGUAUCUGAUAGUUUGCCUCCUAUAGAAGAAAGGAUUUUUUAUAAGGAUAAUUCUGUUCUAGAUGUUGGUAACUUGGAACAGACCAGGGUCUUGGUUGCAUCACUUGAGGCGGGUUUGAGGUUUUCAAAAUGCAUAUCUACUACAAUGCCAACCCUUGUACAAUUAAUGGCUUCAUCUUCUGCCACUGAUGUUGAGAAUACAAUCCUCUUAUUGAUGAGGUGCAAACAGUUCCAAAUUGAUGGUGCAGAGGCCUGCCUCCGUAAAAUGUUGCCAUUGGUAUUUUCUCAGGACAAAUCUAUAUAUGAAGCUGUGGAGAAUGCAUUUAUUACAAUUUAUUUAAGGAAAAAUCCAGCAGAGACUGCUAAGAAUCUUUUGAAUCUUUCCAUAGAUUCAAACAUAGGAGAUCAAGCAGCACUGGAGUUUAUUGUUGACGCUCUAGUGUCCAAAGGUGAUAUAUCUACUAGUGUGAUAUCUGCAUUGUGGGAUUUCUUUUGCUUCAAUGUUAGUGGUACGACAGCUGAGCAAAGUCGUGGUGCUUUAUCUGUUCUUUGCAUGGCGGCAAAAUCUUCCACUGGGGUUCUUGGUUCACACAUACAAGAUAUAAUUGAUAUUGGAUUUGGACGCUGGGCUAAAGUAGAUCCCUUGCUUGCUCGAACAGCAAGCGUGGCUAUUCAGAGAUUGUCUGAGGAGGACAGGAAAAAGGUGUUGCUAAGUAGUGGCAGCCGGAUAUUUAGUAUUUUGGAGAGCUUAAUUACUGGCUUUUGGCUUCCAGAUAAUAUAUGGUAUGCUGCUGCUGAUAAAGCAAUAGGGGCUAUAUAUACAAUUCAUCCAACUCCAGAAGUCUUAGCUGCUGAUCUUGUUAAAAAAUCUCUGAACUCUGUAUUUAAUCCUAAGGGACAGGAGGAAUUGGAAGAUGACUGCAAGAAUGAUAGACUUAGCACACUUACAACAGUUCAUGUGGCAAAACUUUGCAGAUAUCUAUUUGUUAUAAGUCAUGUAUCUAUGAACCAAUUGGUAUAUAUUGAAUCCUGUGUCCGCAAGGUCCAGAAACAGAAAGAUUUCAAAAAUAAAAUGGCUACUGAUUGUCAGGAAGCCACUGGCACAUCAAUUGAUUGCCCAUCAAAGGAUAACAAUAUAAAUGCUGAGCUGGGCCUUGCUGCUUCCGAAGAUGCAGUGCUUGAUAUGCUUGCUGAAAGGACAGAAAAAGAAAUUGUUUCUGGUGGCUCUAGUGAGAAGAAUUUGAUUGGCGAUUCUGCAUCUUUUGUCUCUAAGCUUUGUAGAAAUUUUACUCUAAUGCAAAAGCAUCCAGAACUACAAGCUUGUGCAAUGCUGGCCUUGUGUCGAUUUAUGAUUAUUGAUGCAAAUUACUGUGAUGCCAAUCUCCAGCUUCUUUUCACCGUUGUUGAGAAUGCACCAUCAGAAGUUGUUCGUUCCAAUUGCACCAUUGCUCUUGGAGAUUUGGCAGUCCGCUUUCCUAAUCUGUUAGAACCAUGGACUGAAAACAUGUAUGCUCGGUUACGGGAUCCAUCGAUUUCUGUCAGAAAGAAUGCUGUUCUGGUCCUAUCACAUCUGAUAUUAAAUGACAUGAUGAAGGUAAAAGGUUAUAUUAAUGAAAUGGCUGUACGGGUAGAGGAUGAGGAUGAGAGGAUCUCAAAUCUGGCUAAACUGUUUUUCCAUGAGUUGGCUAAGAAAGGAAGCAAUCCUAUAUAUAAUUUGCUUCCAGAUAUGCUAGGGCAGUUGUCCAACCAAAACUUGAAGAGGGAAUCCUUCUGUAACAUUAUGCAAUUCUUAAUUGGUUCCAUCAAGAAGGACAAACAAAUGGAUUCCCUGGUUGAAAAGCUUUGCAACAGGUUUAGUGGAGUCACAGAUGUCAGGCAAUGGCAGUAUAUUUCUUAUUGUCUUUCUCAGUUAGCUUUCACAGAAAAGGGAAUGAAAAAGCUGGUUGAAUCAUUCAAGGUCUAUGAGCAUGCUUUAUCAGAGGAUUCUGUGAUGGAUCAUUUUCGCAGCAUAAUCAACAAGAGUAAGAAAUUUUCAAAACCGGAACUUAAAGUUUGCAUUGAGGAGUUUGAGGAGAAGUUAAAUAAGUUUCACAUGGAAAGGAAGGAACAAGAAGUGACUGCAAGAAAUGCUGAACUUCAUCGGGAUAAGGUUGGUAAGUUGACUACUAAGAAUGCUGGACAAGAAAAUGGAGAAUCUGAUGUGACAGAAGAUGUUACAGAUGGCGAAGUCCUUGAUCAAUCCAUUAAUGAGGAAAUUAAGUCAGUGAAUGGUGAAUCAAGGCCUCCAUCUGUUGGCUCAGAAGAUUCCUCUUGUACUUUCAGUGAGGUGGUGGAGGAAAAUCCGGAUGACACUGAAGUACAGUCACUGAAAGUGAAAACCAGAGGGACUUCCAAAUCUCAAGUUAAAAAGAGUGAAAUUAAAAAUACAAAAGCUGAUCCAUCUAGAACCAGAACCAUUAGAAGCAUGAGGUCAAAGCAAAGUUAGAACAACGUGAUGGUUGGAUGUCAAAGCAGUACAGCACAAAUGCUGUUUUCUUACUCAAAUUAAUCUUUACCUGGCGUGUACAAAUACGUUGGCCAAUCUAUGCCACGAUGAGCGUUCUUCUGAAAUUUUCUUUUGCUUUCUUUUUCUUCAUAUUUGCUUGCAUCUUUUACUGCAUUGUGAAAAUAUUAACUCCAUUAUUAACUGGUAAGAAGGUAGUCCAGAUAACUUGUACCUGUUGCUGCGCCUUGCAAUAUUUGCUUAUUGUCGCUUACGAUGAAAGCUUCUGCAGUCAGCUUCUUGUCUUCUCGACAAUUGAGGCAGGAACUGAAGGUAGUAUUGGGGUAGUGUAAUACUGUAACAAGAUACAUGUACAUUACAACACGAUGACAAUACAAAAUGAUGCUCCUAUUUACCGUCUAAA